AUGGCACGCAUCCUCAAUUGCUUGCUCCUUCUUCUAGCCUGCCUCGGCACUUCAAUUCAAGCAAAAGACCAAGAUGUUUCCCGAUGGCCCCUCCAAGACAACGGACUAAACAAAGUGGUUGAAUGGGACCACUACAGCUUCCAAAUCAACAACCAACGCAUCUUCAUCUUCUCCGGCGAAUUCCACUACUGGCGCAUCCCAGUCCCAGAAUUAUGGCGCGACAUCCUGGAAAAGAUCAAAGCGGCAGGCUUCACAGCCUUCGCCUUCUACUCCAGCUGGGCCUACCACGCCCCAAACAACGCAACAAUCGACUUCACGACCGGCGCUCAUGAUAUCACUCCCAUCUUCAGCCUCGCUAAAGAACUCGGUCUCUACAUCAUCGUCCGUCCAGGUCCCUAUGUCAACGCCGAAGCCAGUGCUGGCGGUUUCCCAUUGUGGUUGACAACCGGCGACUACGGCACGCUGCGCAAUAAUGAUACCCGCUAUACAAAGGCCUGGACACCUUAUUUCACUAAGAUGUCUGAGAUCACUAGUAAAUACCAGGUUACUGAUGGACAUAACUCGAUUGUGUAUCAGAUUGAGAAUGAGUAUGGGAAUCAGUGGGAGAGUAGUGCUUCUCUGCGUGUGCCUAAUGAAACUGCUAUUCAUUAUAUGGAAUUGUUAGAAGCUAAUGCCCGUGCUAAUGGCAUUACCAUUCCUCUCACGGCGAAUGAUCCCAACAUGAAUUCUCACUCGUGGGGAAGUGACUGGUCGAAUGAGGGUGGGAACGUUGAUGUUGCAGGUGUUGAUUCUUACCCUUCGUGCUGGACCUGUGAUCUGAGCCAAUGCACCUCCACCAACGGCGCCUAUGUCCCCUUCCAAGUCAUGGACUAUUACAGUUACUUUGAAGAAUCCUCACCCAACCUGCCAAGCUUCAUGCCCGAGUUCCAAGGCGGUUCCUACAAUCCCUGGGGCGGACCGGAAGGCGGCUGCCCAGAAGACAUCGGCGACGAUUUCGCUAACCUCUUCUACCGCUGGAACAUCGGCCAACGCGUCACAGCUAUGAGUCUGUACAUGCUUUUCGGCGGAACGAACUGGGGAGCCAUUGCCGCGCCUGUUACUGCCAGUAGUUACGAUUACUCUGCUCCAAUUUCAGAGGACCGUUCGAUUGGAUCGAAGUACCAUGAGACGAAGUUGCUCGCUCUGUUUACUCGCUCUGCGCGCGAUCUUACCAUGACUGAUCUCAUUGGAAAUGGGACGCAGUAUACGGAUAAUGCUGCGGUCAAGGCAUUCGAGCUGAAGAAUCCUGAGACAAGUGCUGGUUUCUAUGCUACGUUCCAUACCAACACUUCCCUCGCGACGAAUGAGGCUUUCCAUUUGAAGGUUAAUACAUCGGCUGGAUUGCUGACUAUCCCGAAACAUGCCAGCUCUAUUCGUUUGAAUGGGCAUCAGUCCAAGAUUAUUGUUACGGAUUUCGCUUUCGGGGAGAAGAAGUUGCUUUACUCUACUGCUGAAGUUCUCACAUAUACCGUUUUCGACAAGACGCCUACUCUUGUGCUUUGGGUUCCUACUGGCGAGUCUGCUGAGUUCUCUAUCAAGGGUGGGAAGAGCGGCUCUGUUAAGAAGUGCCAGGGUUGCUCGAGUGUUCAGUUUUAUAAGGAGAAUGGGGGUUUGACGGCUUCGCUUACUCAGGGUAAGGGGUCGACUGUUUUGGAUGUUGAUGGUGCGAGGGUUGUUGUGCUUGAUCGGACAUCGGCUUAUGAGUUCUGGGCUCCUGCUCUCACUGAUGAUCCUCUCGUUCCGGAAACUAAGGCUGUUCUUGUUCAAGGGCCUUACCUUGUUCGUGGAGCCAAGUUGACUGGUUCCAAGCUUGCUAUCACCGGUGACAUCGUCAAUGCGACUACACUAGAAGUUUUUGCUCCCAAGGCUGUCAAGUCUGUCACUUGGAAUGGAAAGUCGGUUAAAACGAAGUCGACUGAGUACGGCAGUCUCAAGGCCUCGCUUGAUGCACCGGAAUCAAUCAAAUUGCCAUCGUUCUCCUCGUGGAAGGCAAAGGACAGUCUGCCUGAACGGUUCGCUGAUUACGAUGAUUCAGGUGCGGCUUGGGUUGAUGCCAACCACAUGACCACACUGAACCCUCGAACCCCGACAUACUUGCCCGUUCUCUACGCAGACCAAUACGGCUUCCAUAAUGGUGUCCGUCUCUGGCGCGGAUACUUCAACGGAACAGCAACAGGGGCAUUCAUCAAUGUGCAAGGAGGAUCCGCCUUCGGCUGGUCCGCCUGGCUAAACGGCGUAUUCCUGGGCUCCUACCUCGGCGACGCCAACACCGCCCAAGCAAACCUAACUCUCUCCUUUGCCAAUGCAACCGUCAACAAAAAGGCCCCCAACGUUCUCCUCGUCGUCCACGAUGACACAGGCCACGACGAAACAACUGGAGCCCUCAAUCCGCGCGGAAUCUUCGACGCCAGCCUCACUGGCUCCACGUCAGGCUUCACGCACUGGCGUCUGGCCGGCAACGCGGGAGGUGAAUCAAACAUUGACCCAGUCCGCGGCGCCUGGAAUGAAGGUGGUCUCACUGGUGAGCGUGUUGGAUGGCAUUUACCCGAUUUCGAUGAUUCAGCAUGGAAAACCGCCUCUUCAAGCAAGAACAGCAAGGGAAAGAGUAUCCUUUCCUUCGAGGGUGCCACAGUCCGUUUCUUCAGAACAACCAUUGACCUUUCUCUCCCAUCUGAACACGAUAUCUCGAUUUCCUUCGUUCUCUCCACGCCAUCGGGAACGACGAAUCUAUACCGUGCUCAGUUGUUCGUUAAUGGGUAUCAGUAUGGUCGUUACAAUCCCCACAUUGGAAAUCAGGUUGUGUACCCUGUUCCUGUUGGUAUCUUGGAUUAUACUGGGAAGAAUACUAUUGCUGUUGCUGUUUGGGCGCAGAGUGAGGAGGGAGCUAAAAUUGGUGUUGAGUGGCGGGUUGAUUAUGCCGCGGAGAGUUCGUUGGAUGUUGCUUCCUCUAAGACUGGGGCAUUGAGGCCAAGGUGGAGUGAGGAGAGGAAGAAGUAUGCUUGA